GCCCCGCUACGCAGGCGGCCAGGCUGCGGCACAGGCCGGGCGGCACCAUGGCGGCGGCGGCGGCGCCUGCUGCUGCGGCUUCUUCCGAUGCGGCGACUGCGACGGCAGAGCCGGAGGCCGGGGACGAGGACAGUCGCGACGUCCGAGUGCUGCAGAGCCUGCGGGGCAAGAUCUGUGAAGCGAAAAAUUUAUUGCCAUAUCUUGGACCCAACAAAAUGAGAGAUUGUUUCUGCACCAUAAAUUUGGACCAGGAAGAAGUUUAUCGUACCCAAGUUGUUGAAAAAUCUUUAAGCCCGUUUUUCAGUGAAGAAUUUUACUUUGAGAUUCCAAGAACUUUCCAGUAUUUGUCUUUCUAUGUUUAUGAUAAGAAUGUUUUACAAAGAGACCUUCGUAUAGGAAAAGUAGCCAUCAAAAAAGAAGACUUGUGUAACCACAGUGGCAGAGAAACUUGGUUUUCACUACAGCCUAUUGAUUCCAAUUCAGAGGUUCAGGGUAAAGUUCACCUUGAAUUAAAAUUGAAUGAACUGAUAACAGAAAAUGGAACUGUGUGCCAGCAGCUUGUUGUACAUGUCAAGGCAUGCCAUGGUUUGCCUCUCAUAAAUGGACAAAGCUGUGACCCUUAUGCAACAGUUUCUCUUGUGGGCCCUUCUAGGAAUGACCAAAAGAAGACAAAAGUAAAGAAGAAAACAAGCAAUCCGCAGUUUAAUGAAAUCUUUUACUUUGAGGUAACCAGAUCCAGUAGUUACACCAGAAAGUCCCAGUUUCAAGUAGAAGAGGAGGACAUUGAAAAGCUGGAAAUUAGGAUCGACUUGUGGAACAAUGGAAACCUGGUCCAAGAUGUUUUCCUCGGUGAGAUUAAGGUUCCUGUGAACGUGUUAAGAAAUGAUGCUUCUCAUCAAGCCUGGUACUUGCUACAACCAAGAGACAACGGAAACAAGUCAUCUAAAACUGAUGACCUGGGAUCCCUUCGAUUAAAUAUAUGUUAUACAGAAGACUAUGUGCUUCCUUCAGAGUACUAUGGUCCUUUGAAAACCUUGCUGCUAAAAUCACCAGAUGUUCAGCCGAUAUCUGCCUCAGCUGCUUACAUUUUGGGUGAAAUAUGUCGAGAUAAAAAUGAUGCUGUUUUGCCCCUUGUACGACUGCUGCUCCACCAUGAUAAACUUGUUCCUUUUGCCACUGCAGUAGCUGAAUUAGACUUGAAGGAUACACAAGAUGCAAACACAAUUUUUAGAGGAAAUUCCUUGGCUACCCGAUGUCUGGAUGAGAUGAUGAAAAUAGUGGGAAGGCACUACCUGAAAGUAACAUUAAAACCUAUUCUAGAUGAGAUAUGUGAAUCCUCAAAAUCCUGUGAAAUUGAUCCUAUUAAAUUGAAAGAGGGAGAUAAUGUAGAAAAUAAUAAGGAGAAUCUGCGCUACUAUGUAGACAAGUUAUUCAGUACAAUUGUAAAGUCAAGUAUGAGUUGCCCCACUGUAAUGUGUGAUAUCUUUUAUUCUCUAAGGCAAAUGGCCACUCAAAGAUUUCCUAAUGACCCUCAUGUUCAGUAUUCUGCAGUGAGCAGCUUUGUGUUUCUUCGUUUCUUUGCUGUAGCGGUAGUAUCACCUCAUACUUUUCAUUUGCGACCUCAUCAUCCAGAUCCACAGACAAUUAGAACAUUAACUCUCAUCUCAAAAACCAUUCAAACUUUGGGAAGCUGGGGGAGUCUGUCCAAAAGCAAGUCAAGUUUCAAAGAAACAUUCAUGUGUGAAUUUUUCAAAAUGUUUCAAGAAGAAGGAUAUAUUAUGGCAGUUAAAAAGUUCUUGGAUGAAAUUUCAUCUACUGAAACUAAAGUGUCCAGUGGUACCAGUGAGCCUGUGCACCUGAAAGAAGGUGAGAUGUAUAAAAGAGCUCAGGGAAGAACUCGGAUUGGAAAAAAGAAUUUCAAGAAACGGUGGUUCUGCUUAACAAGCAGGGAGCUCACCUACCACAGGCAGCCAGGUAGCAAAGAUGCAAUUUACACGAUUCCAGUGAAAAACAUUCUUGCUGUGGAAAAACUGGAAGAGAGCUCUUUCAACAAGAAAAAUAUGUUCCAAGUGAUACACACAGAGAAACCACUCUAUGUCCAGGCAAAUAAUUGUGUGGAAGCUAAUGAAUGGAUAGAUGUACUCUGCAGGGUGAGCCGAUGCAAUCAGAACAGGCUCAGUUCUUACCAUCCCUCUGCAUAUCUAAACGGAAACUGGCUCUGCUGUCUGGAGACCAGUGAAAACGCUCUCGGCUGCAAGCCAUGUACUGCAGGUGUCCCUGCAGACAUCCAAAUAGAUAUUGAUGAAGACAGAGAAACAGAAAGAAUUUAUUCCCUUUUUACCCUCAGUUUACUUAAGCUGCAGAAAAUGGAAGAGGCUUGUGGAACUAUAGCAGUCUAUCAAGGACCACAGAAAGAGCCUGAUGACUAUUCUAACUUUGUAAUCGAGGAUUCUGUAACAACCUUUAAGACAAUUCAACAAAUAAAAAGCGUCGUAGAGAAGCUAGAUGAACCUCAUGAAAAGUAUAGGAAGAAAAGAUCAAGUAGUGCAAAAUAUGGGAGCAAGGAAAAUCCAAUUAUUGGGAGAACAUUUUAAGAGUUUGACCAAUUGACUCAGAAGAACUGGAAAAUAUUAUUUUUGUUGGACUUUUUCAAUUCAUCAUAUAUUUUGUUCAUAGUAUUUAAGAAUGAACAUUGGCUUCACUGUCAGUCACCUGCAUUCACCUUGUAUUUAAUAUUUAAUAAUUGAAAUUAACUGUUUGGGAAUCCUGGUAUUGAUGUGUUCCUAGAGAAUUUAAAACCCAAGAUUCCCUUCAUAUCUUACAUGUCGAAAGCCAUGUUUCUGCAACUUCUUUUUAAUAGAAAGAAUCUUCCUAAAGAAGCUUUGUAACAAAAGGAGAAACUCCUCCAUAGCAAGAAACCAUUUCUUCUUGUAACACUCUGUGUUCUGUGGACUUUUCACUACCAUUAGUGCCUGCUCUAUACUGCCAACAUUGUGUUUUACUGGAAUAUUUCAAUCCAUGACUAUUCAGAGCUUUCCAUUUAGUUCAUCUAGACCCUCCCUCUUCAAAAAAAAAAAAAAAAAAAAAUCUCCUUUGGUCCAUUGGUCGUUACAGAUUACAUUAGGAACAACGACAGAAAUGUUAGAAACCUGCCAGAGUAUCCUUGAAAGCUGGUAGAUCUUUUGUCUGUUUAGAGAUGAUGCAAACAGAACUCAGAUAGGAGAAACCAGGGAACAUGUACUGUUGUCUGCAUCUUGUUUACAUUUGGGAUGAGUGACGGCAGAUGAAAUAAAAUGAGACCACUAAAUUUUUUUCAUUGUUUAAACAUCAGGUACUCAUUUUCUUGAUUUGAGAGUUCAGGUUAAUGUGACUUCUAAGGACUUCACUUUUGAAAAAGAAGAGAAAGUAAACAAUGGGAAAAGGUGGUGGUAAACUCACUCGACUUCACUCAUUACUCCAUUAUUAUAAGGACCACCACCAUAGGACGCCCUCCUGCCAGCGUGAGGUGAGAUCUAACUCGAGGACAGUCACUCGGCGCACUUUACUCAUCUGGGCCACCCCAGAUUAUACUUUAGAUACUCCGUGGUAUCUAAUCUUUAUGAUCAGUUGAAUGAUCAGUGUUUAAGUCUAGAAAUAGUGCUUUCCUGAAAAUGUUUAUAUUUCACUGCUGUUUUCUUAUUGCCUGCUAGCCAAAUGGAAUUUGGGCAAGCAACUGUUCGAAUCCUAUUUUUCCCUAAUUUACUUUUAUCCUUAAAAUCAUAACUGUAAAUAAGCAAUCGAAGCAAGUUGCCACCUUGAAGUUAAGAGGGAUGCACUUUGCUUCAUCAGUAUUAAAAACCAUGGUACUCUUCUUCUGUCUUUUUAAAUUCAAAACAUUUUCUAAAUGUGGUACUUUGAACCUUGGAGUAUUUUACAUGUUUCUGUUUAAAACUGUGAUUACUUAUUAAUGUAAAUCUAGCUAGUAGUGCUUAUUUUGUUUCCCUGAG